GUACUCCACCCAGGACCUGGAGAAGAUCACCAUCGACAUCCACCGCAACCUGCGGGAGGACCGGUCCCCCACCCUGCGCCGCAUCCUGGACCCCUCGGACGUCAAGCUGGUGCGCCGGGCGGGGGAGGGACACCGCCCCAUCUUCGACCGGGAGGAGAUACGCCGGGCACCCAGGGACCUCCGGGAGGAUGCCCACUUCGAGAGGAGGGUCUCCCAGCACGCCAGGGGGGAGGAGAACUACGAGAUCACGCGCCACCGCUUCGACCCCCGGGGGGGCGGGCCCUCGCCCCCCGCCCGGGCCGCCCGCUCGCUCAGCGACCGCUGGCAGGACCCGGAGGGGAGGAAGGACGCCUCCGGGAUGGACCGGGAGGACAGGGACCUGGACUACGACAGGGGACCCCCCGUGCGCAGCUUCCGACCGCGGCCGGACUCCGGGGCCGAUCCGGACUACAGGUCCGACAAGUACUCCGCCCAAGCUCCUCCCAGGCCACGCCCCAGCUAUCCACCUUCACACCAUCGCCCACAAGAGAGAGAUGUAGUCCCCAUCCCCCGCAAGGAAGUGGGGGCCCGUCACCACGUCAGGGCCCCCUCUGACGACGGGAGGCCCCACUACAGGCCAGAGAGGAGAUACUCGGGACCCAAAGUGGAGAGGAGUACUCAGGAUUGGGACCGAUCCAGGGAGGAGUACCCCCGAAGGAGUGAGGAGUACUCCUCCUACCGCCCCUCCUGGGAGAAGAGGAGUGACGGACCCCCCAACAGGAGCUCCUACUAUGACGAUAACAGAGACGGAUCAGACUCCUACCGAGGGAGAGGGGGCUCCAGGACCUUCCGCAGCCCCCGCGGAUUCCGCUCCCGAGGGGGGUACAGGCCCCCCAUGAGAGGGGGAGACUCGCACUACCGGGGGGCCUCCGCCCGGGGAUACCGGGGAUCGGGGGGCCCCAGGGGGAGGAGCAACGCACCCAGGAGAGGAAGAUUCUCCCCCGGCCUGUGGGAACACGAUCUGUAUUCGAGAUCCCCCGAGCGAAAGAUGGGACCCUAGAGCGGGAGUCAUCCCUCAGAAUGACACCAUUGCUGUACAUACAUUUGUUUCAUUGAACUCUGUGGCAAUCGUUCCUUACAUUUAGUUUUUCCUCUUAUAUGAACAUUUUUUCCAUU